AUGAUCAAUUUAUUUGUCAGUAUUUGAUUUCAGAAGUGGGUUUUGUCGCGAUUGUCAUAAUAUGGACGAAAUUGAAAAAGAAAAAAUUGCAGCAUUGCCCUCUCAAUUACUGAUUACAACAGUAUGUCAUCCAAUGGAAUAUGCAAAAGUACUUAUUCAACUGGGGUACGAGCCCUUACCACCACGGCGAUCAACGACUCUUUUCGGCCGGCCUGCCAUGAUAUUACCUAAUGUCUUUCAGUACAUAAAGUUUAUCAAAAAAUCGGAUGGAUUUUUCGGAUGCUAUAGAGGUUUAUCUGCAAGGGUACUCGGACUUAUAGCUUCUAGUCAACUAACUUCCAAGGUAAUUUUUGCCUGUGGUAUCGACCUGCCUGAAAUCAACGACCCUCCAAACAUCAUAACAGACGAGGAACCUAAACUAGAAGAUCACUACAAACUUGGACGUCGGGAUAUGAUCAUGCAUACCGCGUCUGUAGUAGUGUCAUAUCCAUUCCAUGUUGUGUCAGUUAGGAUGAUGGCAUCAUUUAUUGGUAAAGAGGAAGACUACAGCUCCCUAUUGGGUGCUAUUGUUUCCAUAUAUCGUGAUGACGGAAUUCUCGGAUUCUUCCAUGGAAUUGUGCCUAAGCUUGUUGGCGAUUUAACCUGUGUGGCUGUCACUGGUAUACUGACCUACUAUGUCAACAAAUAUUUGGUUAAAACUAAAGAUCUAAGAUUUUAUACACAACCACUGCUGACAUUUAUAACUAGUACCAUCACCUAUCCUCUAGUGGUUGUGUCAACAUGUAUGGCUGUUGCCGGAAGUAGUCUCCGAGCUGGUAGACCUCCUUUGAUGCCAGCGUACCCAUCCUGGCAGUCUUGCUGGAGAGAUCCUGCUCAAAAACAAGCAACAUAAACGUGGAUCAUCACUAAUCUUUAGGUACUACAUUGCUCCAAUCGCAGCUAUGCAAUGAUUACCUAAACCCUAACAUAAUAUUGCAUUUAACCUUUCAUUGUUUACUUGCUAAGUGUUAUUCCACAAUCACCAAAGUAGAGAUUAUGACCUGUAGACUAUAAUAUGGUUACUGUAAAUAAUUUAGUAUAAAUGGUGUAUUAUGUGGAUUUGUUUUGCUAGAUUGCGUUCAGGUGUCGUGUUUAAAUAAAUAUAUUUUGUUUGACA